AUGAUACCAUUGAUCGCUCUCGAAGAGCAUUAUGUCUCAUCAGCUGUUACUCAGGCUCAAAAGGUCAAUCGGUAUGCCAGCUUUCCUCCUCAUAUUCCGGCCAAAUUGAAGGAGGUUCAUGAAAAACGUAUUGAAGAUCUGGACAAUGGGAAGAUCUCGCUUCAAGUUAUUUCGCAUGGUCCUGGUAUUCGACCUGCCACACUCUGUGCUGCAGCCAACGAUGAGCUUGCAUCAGCUGUCUCCGAGAACCCAACGCGACUAGCUGGCUUUGCUAUGCUUCCAAUGAACGAACCUCUUGAUGCUGCGAAGGAGCUUGAGAGAUGUGCUAAGGAAUUGCAUUUUGUUGGUGCCUUGGUGGAUAAUCAUGUUAACGGAGACUUCUACGAUGAUGAUCGUUUCUGGCCGAUCUUCCAAAAGGCGGAAGAACUGAAUUUACCGAUCUAUAUUCAUCCUUCUUUCCCAGCAGAUAAGGAGCACUACGAGGGUAAUUAUAGCGAUAAGAUUGCACUUGCCCUGAGUGCUUUCGGCUGGGGAUGGCACUCCGAAACUGCAUUAAGCAUUCUGAAGCUAUUCGCUAGUGGCUUUUUUGACCGGUUCCCUAAAAUCAAAAUUCUGAUUGGACACAUGGGAGAGAUGAUUCCGUUUCAGUUUGAGAGAAUCAUCUCUACCGCAGCGUCCUGGGGGUUGAAGCGAGGGUUUAGAGAAGUGUGGAAGGAGAAUAUUUGGAUCACGACGAGCGGCAUGUUCGCUUUGCCCCCCUUGGUAUGCUUGUUACAGACUACCGAUAUUAGUCAUGUACUUUAUAGCGUUGAUUAUCCAUUCUCUUCAAACGAGAAAGGCCUCACCUUUGUUGAGGAAGUCCUAAAAAGUGGCUUAAUGUCGGAAGAUGACUUUGAAAAGUUUGCGUACCGCAAUGCUGAAGAUUUGCUUGGCGUGAAGGCUAACUAG